AUGAUUGAAGAAAAAAGUACCAUCUGUAAAGGAAAAGGUUAUAUAUUAAAAAGAGCUAAUAAAGAGUAUAUAUAUAACAACUCAAAAAAAAAAAAGUACAUUGAAAAGAAAAAAAAUAAUAUUUUUAAUAAAUUUAAACCAGUUAUAUUACCAUUACUAAAUCAAAAUAAUAAAAUAAAGAAUAAUGAUACUUUGAAGAAUAAUAUAAAUUUACUAAACGAAAGUGAAAUAAAUAGUUUUCUAUUAAGAAAUAAGGCAUUUAGAUUAACAUGGUCAUGUAUAAUAGAAAAAAUUCAAAAAGAAAUAGAUAUAGAAGUAUCAAAAAAUUUGGAUAAUGUUUUUGAAGAAAUAUAUUUACAUUCUAUAUCAAAUAAUGAAUACCUUCCUUUAAUUUUAGUAACAUCAGGAACUAAUGUUUCUGACCAUGAAAUAAUUAUUGAUACAUUAUCUUGUGAAUUAAAAAAGUGGAAUUAUAAAAAAAGAAAAACAGACAACGAUAAUGAUCCAAAUAUUUUAGAUACUUUAUUUAAAAGAGAUAAAGAAAGAAAAAUAAAAAAAAUAUGUUUAGAUAAUGAUGAUGAAUGUAAAAAAGAAAACAAUGUAUUAAUUAAUGAGCUAAAUAAUAAAAAUGAAAAUAAAUAUUUAAAUAAUGAUACAUCUGACGAUAAUGAUAUAUAUGUAUGCUCAAUUAACUCAAGUACAUCUAAUAAUAUAAAUUUAGCCAUAUAUAAUAUAUAUGAUCAAUUAUAUAAAGAAUAUAAAAUGAGAAGUAAUUUAAAAAAAUAUAGGAAAUCUAUCAACAAAGAAAUUUAUAGUAACGAUAUAAGAAAAAGUGCAAGAAGAGAUGAUAUCAACAUAUCCAACAUUAUGAAAAAUAAAAAGAAUAUUUCUUCAUUUUAUGUACAUAAAGAAAUAAUAGAAGAUUAUUCUUUAAAUAAAAAAAUGGUAAGCAUAGAUAAAUUAGUUGAGUUGUAUAAAAAUAUGAGUGAAAUUAAUAAAAAGGAAGAAAAGGAUGAAGAAAAUUUUGUUAGUGAUAAUGAUUUAUCAUCCAUUUAUGAUGAAGUAGAAGAAAAUAAUAAAAAUUCUCUUAAUAAUUAUGGUAAGUUGGAAUUAUACAAUAAACAAAAUAAUUAUUUUAGUGAUGGUAGAAAAAAAGUAAGAAUAAUUAUAUUAAUACAUGAUUGUGAAUAUUUUAACAUCAAUAUAUUAAAUGGAAUUUUAAAUGUUCUCAUAAAUUUACGAAUUGACAAUAAAGUUUGUUUAAGUGUAAUAUUAGGAGUAUCUACGCCUUCUUUUUUUUUUAAUAGAAUAACUACACCUGAUACACAAAGUAAAUUAAGAAUUAAAACGGUGGAUAUAUUAAAUAACAAAUUAAUAUGUGAAAAAAUUUGCAACAGUUUAUUAUUUGAAAAUUUUUUGCCUUUUAUAAUAAAUUUUAGAACUAUGCAUGCUAUAAAAUUAUUGUUACAUAAAAAUAAUCAAUCAAUUAGUCAUUUAAUUCAUACUCUAUAUAUUUUAACAAAAGAGUUUUAUGAUAACAAUAUGUUUUCAUUUUUAACAUUGCCUAUGGAUUAUUAUUUAAGUGUAUUUGAAGAUUAUAAUAACAAAGAAAUUGUAACUGAGUAUUCUCCAUAUACUUUUGUACGUUCUUGUCAAAAAUCAUUUUCUAAUUUUUUAAAAUAUGAUAUAAGGGUAUUACAUAAAAAAAUUAUUUCUUUAUGCUAUUCAGCUAAUUUAUAUUAUAAACAUUUAUCAUAUAUUAAAAAAAAAUAUUCUUCUAUUCUAGUAGAAAACUAUUUUAAUUUACACGGAAAGGAUUCCAUUAUACAUACUCCAACCAAUUCAGAUAAUGAUUAUGAAAAUUUUACCUUAAAAAAAAAGGAGUUAAAAAAAAACAUAGAAAAAUAUAAAAAACAAAACAAAAACGAAAUAGAUUAUACUUUAAAAUAUAAUGAGAAAAAAUUCGAAAAUAAUAACAUUAACACAAAUAAUGUGAAUCAUGAACAAAAAGAAGAAAAUAAAAAUGGUAAUAUAUCCAUUUUAAAAUUAGACAAUUCUGUUUUAGAUAAAGAUGAAGUAGUAUCUAACAUAAAUUCAAACAAUCACAAAAGUAAAAAAUAUUCAGAAUCAACUAAAGAAAUAAUAAAAUUAAGUAAUAAAUGUGAUAUAAAAAGAAAUAUUGUACAUGAAGAAUGUAAAUUAAUAAAUAAUGAAUGCAUAAAAAAAAGAGAAAAUAAUGAUAUGAUAAAAAGUGAAUAUGAAAAUGAAGAAAAUAAUAUGACAAAUAGAGUAAUACAAGAAAAUGAAAAAGGAAAAGAGAACUGUAAAAGAAAGGAUGAUAUUUUUGAUAGAAAUUUAUACGCAUGGCAAUUCAAAGCGAAUACUAUCAAUUGGUGGUUUGAUCAUCCAUUUAAAGACUUAGUUUAUUCCUAUGAAAAUUUUAAAUUAAAAAAUAAUUUAAAAAAUGAAAUAAAUAAAUUAUUAGAUAUUGAAAGUAAAAGUACAAAUAAUUUAUAUGAUAUAAAUAAUAUAAAAGAAAUUAAUAAGAAUUUAUGUGAAGUUUCUUUAUCCAGAUCUACAUUACAACUAAUUGAAAGAAAAUAUGCUUUUAAUAUAGCCAUUAAUUUAAUUAAUAUAAUAAUAAAAUGUAAAUCUGAAUAUAAUAAUUCUUUGAAAAGAAUAGAGUAUUUUCGAAAGCUAUUUGAAAAUUACGAAAAAAUAAGAUGGCAUGAAAACAAAAGCAUCUUAUAUAUAGAAGAAAUUUAUAAAAAUGUAGAAAAUGAUGUGAGAAAAUGCAUUAAUUAUUUAAUAGAUAUUAUAACUCCAUAUUAUUUUAAAAAUCAAGAGGUUUUACUAAAAAUGUUAAAAGAAUUUAAAAAAUAUUACACUAAAAUAUAUGCUAUUGUAUAUAAUUUAGAAGACUAUUUAUAUUUAUUAAAAGAGAAAGAAAAGGAAAAAGAUAAAGAGAUUUUCAUAAAUGAUGAUUUUUCAAAAAAUUAUUCUUCAUAUUCCAUUUCUUUUUCUAUAUAUUAUUCUCUUCUUUUUAAAUUAGACGAUUUAAUAGAAAUGUUGAGAAAAUAUAUUAAUGAGAAAAAUAAUUCCCUUUUAUUGCAAAAUAGCAUCAAUAAAAAUAAUUCUCCUGUAAAAAAAAAUAUGAAUACUAAUUUUGAAAGCAAUGAAUUUACAGAAUAUGAAGAUACAACGACAAUAAAUGAGGAUGAAAAGGAAUAUGAUAAAGAUUAUGACAGUGAUAAAUUAAAAAAGAAAAAAAAAAAAAGGAAGAAAAAGAAAGUUUAUAAAAGAUAUUUGACAAUAGAAAAUUCCACUUUAAAAAAAGAGUUAUAUGAAAAUAAAGAAAUAAAUUUGGGACAUAUAUCGGAUUCUAUGAAUCUCUUUAUACAUGAUUAUUUAUAUUUAUUACUUCUUCCACCAAUUUAUUAUCAUCCAUUAGCAUAUGAGUUAAUAAUACAUAAGCCUGAUAAAGAUUUUACUGAUAUAAUGACAAGAGAUAUAAAGACUGAAUUGUUAACAACAUUAUGCUAUACUAAUCCAUACAAAACAGGAAAUCUAAUGUGCUCUUGUUGUUUUUUUUCUGAAAAUCCAACAAGUUCAGAUUUUAGCACUAACAUAGUUUGUGAUAAUAAAAUUUAUUUAAAUCCAUAUUACGACAAUAUAUCAACUUUAGAAGAUUUAGUAAACAUUUACCGAAUUUAUGAAAGAUGUAAUAAAACUAUAGAUUUAUAUAAUUUUUUUAUUUUUUUCUUGAAUAUUAAAAUAGAUAAAUUUUUAGGAUAUUCUGUGGAAAAUGAGGAAAAAAAAAAUAACUAUAAAAAUAAGGAUGAUGAUAAUUUAUGUACAGAAAUGCUUCAAGAAUAUUAUUUAAAAUUUAUUAUAGCUAUUAGCACUUUCUGUUCUUUUUUUAAGAUAUUAAAGCCUCCUAAUGUUUCAGCUUUAUUAAAUUAUGAUGAUAAAGAAACUUAUACUUCUAAUAAUUUUGAGACAAAAGUUACAAAAAAUUCUGAAGAAUCUAUUAUCAAAUUUCUCUCUGAUAUUAAAAAAUCAUUACAAGGAUGCACUAGCAAAAAAUUAUUAUUUGGUAAAUUAUACUACAAUCAAACUACUGUAUCAAGAGAAUUAUAUUUACAAAAAAUGAUACAGAAUAAUUCAGAACAUAAAGAAGAAAUUCAAUGUUUUAUAGAUAUUAAAAAAAGAAAAAAAAAUUAA